AAUCAAACAUAGUUGCGUGGGCUUCCAGAACGGUGUUCUUUAUGAUUGUUUAAAAUCCACUUUUUAAAAAAAAGUUCUAAAUAUUAUUUACAUUAGAUGUCAGUGGUGAUUGUGAACGUGACAAAAUGGCGUUGUCUCUAAUGAGACUUGGAUUUCGUUCGGCUGCAUCGAAACUAGAAAGAUCAGCGGCUAUUCUUUCAAAUACCAGUGUCCAGAAUCAGAUGAAAUUGAUUCACACAAAAGUCACGUGUAAUGGUAAUGUGUGCUAUUUGCAAGCAUUCCAAGAUCAAAGAGAUAUCGACCUAUCGGAGUACGCUGGGGCUCUGAGACGGAACUACAGCAAACACCACGGCAGGCCCGAGGAAAAUAGGAGGAAAAAGGAAUCCGACAGCGAAAGCGACUCAGACUGCGAUACAGAAUGCAAGGGAUUCGAUCGAUCGGAGUUCUGGCGGCGGAAAAUGCGCACAGUACACAACAUCCUCGAUGUAGACAAGGAUGGAUUGAUCUCAUUUAAUGACUUCUUGCUCUUCUCGGAGCGUUUCAAGUCCUUAGGACAUCUAGACGAGCAACAAGCGAAUGAAUUUACUGCUAUAAUUAAGUUAACAUGGGAAGAACAAUGGGGUGCCAUAGACCCCUACAACUUCGUAACAGUGGAGCAGUAUCUAGAAGACAUGCACCACGUGCUCAAUGACAAGACUUUGAAGAAGAAGGCUCACCGAUGGCUUCCAUAUUUGUUUAAGGCAGUUGACAAAGACAAGUCCGGGUUCAUCUCCGUGAAGGAGUUCAAGUUGUUCUUCCAAUGCCUCGGCCUCGACAACGAACACGCAGCCGUCGCCUUCGCCGUCAUCGACGUCAACGGGGAUGGUAAAUUGUCGCUGAAAGAAUUCGUGAAACUCGGUAAGGAUUUCUUCACCACAGAAGACGAAUCGCGAGUGUCCAAGAUGUUCUGGGGUCCACUUAUCGAUGUGUGAUUUUAUAAGACGCGAAAAUCAUAUUGAAAAAUUGCAACAGACGUCCGCACCGAUUCGUAAAUGAAUCUGUGUGUCUCUUUAAAAAUAAUUUAAACAGCGUCGUUGCCUCUUUGCAUCAAAUGAUGAUUUAAAUAAUAAAGCUGAAUGUUACCCUAGCUGAAAAGUACUGAAAGGAAAUCCUCGUCACUAUUGUGGCCAGUUGUAGUUUUUUCAUUAUAAUAUUUAGAUUCCUAAUGAAAUUAGUCACCACAUAAGGACCAUAUAUUACGUAAGACUAUUUUCGCUAGUUUUUGACCCCCUCCCCCCUAAUAUAAGAAAAAAUAAGAACUGGCAGACCCUCUCCCUCCCUGCUUAAUAUUUAUUACGUAAGAAUCUAAAGGAGAAAAUGAAUACGUUUGGUUUAUUUUACUGUUUAUUUUUCAAAGAAACAACUUCUGAAAUGUGUUUAUAGUAAUUUCAAAGGUUCUAAAGGUACGCAUCCUUGCAAACCUCAGCAAUUGCGCGGUUUCCCGCGUUUUUUCAAAUAAUUUUAAUUAUUUUGAUCUUACGUAAGAACUAUCGAAACUCCUUCCCACCCCCUUAUAAGAAAACAUAAGGCAUGUCCCCCCCCCCUAAAUCGUCUUACGUAAAAUAUGAAUGACCCCAUAAAAUAAUAUUCGGUGGUCUCAUUUAAAGAAUGCAUUUAUCUAUGUUAUUGUAAUUAAUUUUAAAAAUAAUCCAAUAUUUUCUGGUCCCAGGCUUGAAUAAAUAUGACAUCUGGUACUAUAAACUCUUGUUUAGAUUUUUGUGUCGGUAGAAUGUCGCACUACUAAAGAACUAAAAGAAACGAACCAAGUAAAUUAUCUUGGUGUGCGUGAAGCUACGCUAAACGUUAUAGUAAUUUACUAGUGUGCGUGUACUUAUUGGCCAACUGCUGUCUACUAUAUUUUCGACGCGUUCUCAGCUUUGACAGUCAAUCUAGACAUAUAUAAUCAAAGAUUUUUUUUUGAAUGGCAAUUUUCAAUAUGAUUUUCUUCACAAUAAAAUUCUCGUGUCAAUUGAUAUUAAGACGAUGAGCUGUUUGUGUUAGUUUAUAGUUUAGCUUUAGAUGGAAUGACAUGACUUAAAAUUAAAUGUAUGUACCGAUACGAUUUUGGAAGGACGUUAUAAUUUUUUAUAAUUAGAAGUAUACAAUCUGUUAUGGAAAGAUUGGAAAAAAAUACUGAAAUAAUGGUAACAUUCAUGUUAUUAAAGCAUUUAAUUACACUGACUGAAGAUUAAACUGAUUAAACCCUCCUUUGAAUUUAUUUUUAAACAUAAUUCUAAUAUUUCAUUUAAUGUAACAUUUUGACAGUUGACUGUUGAUAGUAAAUAUUGUCUUAGAGUGCGUUCCAGUUAAAUAGCUGGUAUUUUUGUGAAUGCAGCUGUUUUUUAUUACAAUAACAUUAAGUUACACAUUGUUACAAUAUUUAGAAUUAAAUGCUCCAUUUUACGUUACAUUGGCGAAAUAAUGUUUUUCUUCGACAAAAUUAACGGAAAUUAUGAAAACAUAAUAUGACUUAAAUUGUUCUAUUACCUUAUUUGAUUCAUUAAAUGUCUUAAUCAUGAAAUUUGACCGAUAAUACGGGUAAUGCAAGGUUUGCAGGUUGAAUUAACACGAAUGCAGUGUUGAUUUACUUUUAUCCCUUAACUACUAAUGUAUGUAAAGCAAGUAAACUGUUUAAUACAUUAUCCUACAGUUUUAAUGAUUCCUAUAAAUACGGGCAAAUUUUACAAGUCUAAUUUAAAUAUUGACGUUAAUAACAAUGUAAAAAAUAAAAAAAAUCAUAAAAAGAAUUACCAAAAGAAUCUCAAUAAAGGAUUUUCGAAUGUA